AUGUCCCAACCAGAGUAUGAACUCAUCUACUGGCCCGGCCUCCCUGGCCGCGGCGAGUUCGUCCGCCUCUUGUUCGAGGAAGCCGCUGUCUCCUACUUGGACAUUGCAAAGACGCCCGACCAGGCUGUCCCCGCUGUCAUGAGCCACAUUUCAGCUGAGAACCGUGGUGAUGCUCACAACCCUCCUCCUUUGGCACCUCCCAUUCUCAAACACGGUGAUUUGAUUAUCAAUCAACUGCCCAACAUCCUCCUCUACCUUGCCCCGAAGCUUGGUCUGGCUCCCAAGGAGGGUGACGCCGUUUAUCACCUCAACCAGAUCUCUCUGACCAUCAUCGAUGGUCUUGUCAACGAGAUUCACGACACUCACCACCCCAUCGCCGUCGGCCUGUACUAUGAAGACCAGAAGGAGGAGGCCAAGAAGCGGUCCAAGUACUUCAUCAAGGACCGCCUCCCCAAGUUCUUUGGCUACAUGCAGCGAGUUCUCGAGGCAAAGACGAGCGGCCAAGGCCCGUGGCUGUACGGCGACAGUCUGACAUAUGUGGAUCUAGUGCUAUUCCAGUGUGUUGACGGCACGGCAUUUGCCUUCCCCAAGUCAGUCCAAGCACUGGAGCAGUCUGGCAAGUAUGAUGAUGUCUUCAAGUUGUAUGUGGAGGUGAAGGCCAGGCCCAACAUCGCCAAGUAUCUGGCAAGCGACAGGCGCCAGCCAUACGGGGAUGGCAUCUGGCGGAGAUACCCCGAGUUGGAGGAGGAUUGA